AUGGAGUCGUCCGCCGAGCUGCAGGCACUGCAGCUGCCGGACAGCGAGACGCAGCAGCGUGCCGCAUUCAGUGGCAAUGGGCUGAAAGUCAAGCGGCGACAGCGUCUCAAUUCGCACAGCAAUUUGCCGACCAUCACGGCAAACACGGCUCUGGCCGCCAAUCUGAGCAGCUGGCAGCAGCAGCGCUAUUUGAAGGUGAAUCAGGUGUUCGAGAGCGAACGUCGCAUGUCGCACGCUGAGAUCCAGCGCAAUCAUGGCAAAAUCGUGCUGCUCGGUCUGUUUGAGCUGUCCACCAAGCGCGGCCCGCGCCCGGACGGGCUUAGCGAACUGGGCGCGGCCACCAUGGCCGUGGAGCACAUCAACCGCAAGCAGCUGCUGCCCGGCUAUACCCUCGAGCUGGUCACCAACGAUACGCAGUGUGAUCCAGGCGUGGGCGUGGAUCGUUUCUUUCAUGCCAUCUAUACGCAGCCCUCGACACGCAUGAUGAUGCUGCUGGGCUCCGCCUGCUCGGAGGUAACCGAAAGCCUGGCCAAGGUGGUGCCCUACUGGAACAUUGUGCAGGUCUCCUUUGGCUCGACAUCGCCGGCGCUGAGCGACAGACGGGAAUUUCCCUACUUCUAUCGCACAGUUGCACCGGACUCAUCGCACAAUCCGGCGCGGAUCGCGUUCAUCCGGCGCUUUGGCUGGGGCACCGUGACAACAUUCUCACAGAACGAGGAGGUGCACUCGCUGGCGGUCAACAAUCUGGUCACCGAACUGGAGGCGGCGAACAUCUCAUGCGCGGCAACAAUCACAUUUGCGGCCACCGAUUUCAAGGAGCAGCUGCUGCUCCUCAGGGAGACGGACACACGCAUCAUCAUUGGCAGCUUCUCGCAGGAGCUGGCACCGCAGAUACUCUGCGAGGCCUACAGGCUGCGUAUGUUUGGCGCCGACUACGCCUGGAUAUUGCACGAGAGCAUGGGCGCACCCUGGUGGACCGACCAACAGACACCCUGUACAAAGCAUGAGCUGCAGCUGGCCGUCGAGAAUCUCAUUGUCGUCUCCACACACAACAGCAUUGUGGGCAACAAUGUCAGCUACAGCGGACUGAACAAUCACAUGUUCAACUCGCAGCUGCGUAAACAAUUUGCACAGUUUCACAACCAGGAGCCGGCGGCACCACAAGCGGAUCUGCGGUCGCGCCAGAGGCGUGGCACUGCCAGUCAUCAUCUACCGGAUGCGAUAUCCCGGUACGCGCCCCAAACCUACGAUGCCGUGUGGGCCAUUGCGUUGGCCUUGCGCGCCGCCGAGACGCACUGGCGCCAGAAUGCGGCAAAGUCCAAGCUGGAUGGCUUCGAUUAUACGCGCAGCGACAUGGCCUGGGAGUUCCUGCAGCAGCUGGGCAAGCUUCACUUUCUGGGCGUAUCGGGUCCGGUCUCGUUUAGUGGUCCGGAUCGCGUGGGCACCACCGCCUUCUAUCAGAUACAACGCGGCCUGCUGGAGCCGGUGGCGCUCUACUAUCCGGCCACGGAUGCCCUGGACUUUCGCUGUCCGCGCUGUCGACCGGUCAAGUGGCACAGCGGGCAGGUGCCCAUCGCCAAGCGGGUGUUUAAGCUGCGCGUGGCGACCAUCGCACCGCUGGCGUUCUACACCAUCGCGACGUUAUCCAGCGUGGGCAUUGCGCUGGCCAUUGCGUUUCUCGCCUUCAAUCUGCACUUCCGCAAGCUCAAAGCAAUUAAACUUUCCAGCCCGAAGCUGAGCAACAUUACCGCUGUGGGUUGCAUCUUCGUUUAUGCCACCGUCAUCCUGUUGGGGCUGGACCACUCAACGCUGCCCUCGGCGGUCGACUCGUUUGCCACGGUUUGCACGGCACGCGUGUAUCUGCUCUCGGCUGGUUUCUCAUUGGCAUUUGGCUCAAUGUUUGCGAAAACAUAUCGGGUGCACCGCAUCUUCACACGCACCGGCAGCGUGUUUAAGGAUAAAAUGCUGCAGGACAUUCAGCUAAUACUGCUCGUGUGCGGCCUGUUGCUUGUCGAUGCCCUGCUCGUCACAUUGUGGGUCGUUGCCGAUCCCAUGGAAAGGCAUUUGCAUAAUUUGACACUCGAAAUCAGCGCCAUUGAUCGAAGCGUUGUCUACCAGCCGCAGGUCGAGGUUUGUCGCUCGCAGCACACCCAAACCUGGCUGGGCGUGCUCUAUGCCUACAAGGGUCUGCUUCUGGUGGUGGGCGUAUACAUGGCCUGGGAGACGCGUCACGUGAAGAUAGCCGCCCUGAACGACUCCCAGUAUAUAGGCGUAUCGGUCUACAGUGUUGUCAUUACCAGCGCCAUUGUUGUCGUGCUGGCCAAUUUGAUAUCGGAGCGCGUAACGCUUGCCUUUCUCACGAUAACGGGCCUGAUUCUAAGCUCGACCACGGCGACUCUUUGCCUGCUCUUCAUACCCAAGCUGCACGACAUUUGGGCACGCAACGAUAUCAUCGAUCCUGUGAUACACAGCAUGGGCCUCAAGAUGGAGUGUAAUACGCGUCGCUUUGUCCUCGAUGAUCGCCGGGAGCUGCAGUAUCGAGUCGAGGUGCAGAAUCGUGUCUACAAGAAGGAGAUACAGGCGCUCGAUGCGGAAAUACGCAAGCUGGAACGCAUGCUCGAGUCCGGCCUGGGCACGGCUUCGACGAACACCUCCUCCUCCACCUCCUUGCUGGCCGGGCAUAGUCAUCUGAAGCCCGAGCUGACUGUGACCAGCGGCAUCUCACAGGCGACGACUGCAGCAGCGGCUGGGGCUGGGGCGGGGAAUGCCAAGUCGCGCACGCCCAGCAUUUCGGGCAUUUUGCCAAAUCUGUUGCUCUCCGUUUUGCCACCCGUAAUACCACGCGCCAGCUGGCCAUCGGCAGAGUAUAUGCAGAUACCGAUGAGACGUUCCGUGACCUUUGCCUCGCAGCCGCAGCUGGAGGAGGCCUGUCUGCCGGCACAGGAUCUGUUCAAUCUCCGGUUGGCCCAUCAGCAGGCCACCGAGGCGAAAACUGGGCUCAUCGAUCGUUUGCGUGGCAUCUUCUCACGCACCACAAGCAGCAACAAGGGCUCCACGGCCAGUCUGGCGGAUCAGAAGGGUCUGAAGGCGGCCUUUAAGUCGCACAUGGGCCUCUUCACACGGCUGAUACCCUCCUCGCAGACGGCCUCCUGCAAUGCCAUCUACAGCAAUGCGAAUCCUCUGGGCGUUGAGGCCAACAAUAGCUUGGAAGCGGUUGAAUGUGGCGCCAACGGUGCACAUCUGCAGCCCAUACAUCGUGGCUCGCUGACCAAGAGCGGCACACAUCUCGAUCAUUUGACCAAGGAUCCCAACUUUUUGCCCAUACCCACCAUUUGCGGUGAGCGCUUCGAUCUGCAACAGCAGGAGCUGAAUGCGAGCGGCGGCAAGUACGUUAAGCUGCCCGAGACCAAGGUGAACUUUCAGUUGCCCAACAGUCGGCGUCCCUCGCUGGCACAGCCGGCGCCCAGUUUGAGGGAGCGCGUCCGUGGCUCUCCGCGCUUUCCGCAUCGCAUUCUGCCGCCCACCUGCAGCCUGAGCGCUCUGGCCGAGUCCGAGGAUCGUGUCGGCUCGGAGGCAUCCACACUGGCGGGCAGCUGCAAGUCCAUACCGCGCAUAUCGCUGCAGCAGGCGACCAGUGGCGGCACCUGGAAGUCCAUGGAGACGGCGGCCAAGUCGCGACUCUCGCUGGACUCGCAGGAGGAGCAGCCAAUGACGAUGCCGCCGAUGCCACCGCCGCCAGCGGCAGCAACAAACGGUCUUGAUUAAUAUUGUAAGUUCAAACAAACACAGACACACACACACACACACGCCCACCCAACAUUUUCCGCCCAAAUCCUUGUCAAUUAGAUGUGAACACCAAGCAAUUAUUUUCAAACACGCGCCCGCCACGUCCUCCUCCAGCCAGGGAAAAGAGCGCGCGCGUGUGCAACUGACCAAUCAUCGGCUUAAAGCAAUCAAACGCAUUAGGAUAAGUUACGAUACGCGUAAUCCUUCUACAAGUAGCUAGUCACGAGUUCCCUACUUGAACCCCCCCUCUCUCCCCUCCAUCAGGCUCUUCCUAAGACCCAUAAUGUGAUUCGACCUAAGCUCAUUCUAGAAUUUUUGCUCUUCAUAGGCUAAGUAGAGGUCUUUGCUGCAUUAGUUGCACAAAACGUAAGUAAACUCCACUUUCAUUUCCACUUCCGUUUCCGUCUCUGUUUUAGCAUAAGUUUGAUGUUCCCUUGUGCCAAAGAGCAAAAUAGUUGUCGUCUAUGAGGUGGUUGUGGCCAUCUACGGUAUCCCAUAAGCAAUACUAUAAUAUAUAGGCUAAGUCCAAAAACAAUCUAUGAUUAAUUAGCAAACGGUGCUCGAACCGCCCACUUUUAAGCAAAAACCGACACCUAACGAUGCGUCUCACCAAAAAAAAAAAAUACAAAUAAAUAAAUGCAUAAAUAAAAACUCUGUUGUAGCCGUAGCUGUAGUUGGUAGUCGUAACAAUUGGUAGCCUGCUCAAUGGAAACUCUAGCAUAAGUGACUCAGUCUUAGCAUUGUAAUCCUUGAACCCGAACUUCGCCGCACACACUACCCCACACACAAGAGCCCACUAUCGAUGCGAUGCGGCAUUAAGUCAAUAAACAACAACAGAAACC